UUCUCCUGCUCACUCCCGCUUUCUGCGGAAAUGCAGCUCCCCAGCCAAACAAGCGAGCUCCGCAGCUAGCAUCCCACCCUGCUCAACAAGGGCAGCAGCGUCCUGCGGCCACGGUCCAUCCUGCCCCGGGCACAACUCGGGUCUCUCCGGAACCGGGCACUUCUGCAACUUGGGAGGAAACCCAGGGCAGAGAAAGGAGCCGUCACCUCCCCUGGCUGGGCUGGGGACUCGGCGGAUCGCAAUGAGCACCCUGCGUCUGAAGGAGAAGCUGCAGGCCCUCCAGUGCCACUUCACCUGGAACUUUGAAAUCAGAGACAAGGUAGAUGCAGUUCACAUCCUCCAAACUCUGGCUCUCAGGAUUGCCCACACUUACUACCAGAACCAGCCCACGCUCCUUGCCAUGCAGGCUUAUCUCUACCACCUACAAGGGCAAUAUGAAGACGCUCUGCAAAGCCUUAGAGAAGCUGAAGAGAUUCUGCAAAGAAAUCACCCAGAUAACUUCCCCCGGCAGGUGCUGGUCAUUUACGGAAACUACGCCUGGAUCUAUUAUCACUUGGACCACUAUGAUUUGGUUGAGCUUUACCUGGACAAGGUUAGAAAGAUCUGCAGCUCCCUGAAGAGCCGCUCUCCACAUGCAGCUCAGAUCCCUGAGAUACAUGCACAGAAAGGCUGGUCUCUCCUGGCAGCAGGCUUCCGCAAUGGCAUUGAAGCCACAGAGUGUUUCCAAAUGGCAUUAAGAGAAGACGAAGCAAAUGGGGAAUUUCUUGGUGGGUUGGCAAUAGCGGUCUUUGCAUCAUGGUGUCACUCACAGAAAUUUGAAUUUUUGAAAGCAGCCGAAAAUAAGUUGGUUGCCAUUCUCCGUGAACAGCAGCAAAACUAUGCAGCUAAGGUAUAUUUAGCCAAGAUCCUUAAGAAGAGUGAUAGGCAGCAAGCCGAAAUCCUCUUAGAAGACAUUGUUCAGAAUAGCCUGGACCCUGAGGUCCUGAGACAUGCAGCCAAGUUCUUUCAACCAGAAUUCCUAGAAAAAGCAAUCUCUAUUCUAGAGCGAGCAAUAUCUCUGAACCCCAAUUAUCAUCUCCUUCACUAUGACUGUGGCAUCUGCUACAAGAUGCAAUUGAAGGAGGCCAAGUCAGGCAGAGAAGAAAUAUUGGCAGCAGCUAUUAAGUCCUUCAAAAAGGCUGUGCAGAAAGAUCCAGCCUCUGUGUUUUCAAGGCUGGCUUUAGCUGAAAUGUAUGGAGAAAACACACCUCACUACCAAGAAGAGAUUUAUCUCAAUCUCAUGAGUGAAAUGCCCAGCCUCAGCAAGAAGUGUCAGCAAGCAGUCUACCUUCACUGGGGGGAUUUCCUCUUCUACAAGCAGAAGUCAGUGUGGGAGGCAGCUAAGGUGUACAAAGCAGGUUUUGCCAUUCCAGACAACUACCCGGAGAGGAAAAUACUGAAAAGCAGGUUGGAAGAGGUGGCAGGAGAAUUCCAGCAGAGCUCCCAAACCUCGGAGGCUGAGGCCAUACAUGACUUCAUUCAACAGAAUGAAAGUCCGUGGUACAUGGGGAGAACCAUCGGUGGCAACAACAGAGCAGGAGACUGGAGAUGUAGAGAAAAUGCGGGAUCCUUUCCCUUCCGUGGACGCACCACGACCUCUUUCUAACACCUAGAAGCCCAGACAUGGACCAGGACCCCAUUGCGUCUGGCCCCAAACAGUCUACCGUCUGCAACAAGAGACAACAGGAGGGAACCAGCAGACAGACGCGGGAGCACAAGGAGACAAUAAUGGUCAGCAAAAGGACAGUUGUCUUAGCCCACCAGCUACCCAGCUGUUCUCAAGUGAUUUGUAAGCAUCACCGCAGAGGACAGUUUAGCUUCUGAUACCGAUCAGCUGUUUCUACUCAGAGGGGACGGUGCGACCAUCCUUGUCUCUAAGCAAACCUACCUUCCAGCUCUGCUGCCUUCUAAUGUCCAUGCAGCAAAUAAGUGUGGAGUUUCUUCUAACAGCGUUGACCAGUAUUUGCAUAGCUGAGUGCCUGUCGUGUGUCUAGAUCAGGAUUCCCCAUCUUUGCUUUCAGCACCUCUCACUGACAAUGACUCACAUUUACAUGGCACCCUCAUCCCCAGCUUGUCACUGAUCUGCUAUGUUUUUAUUUCAUUUACAAUAAAAGUAACUGAGAAAACAGAAAUCAA